AUGUUGCGCACCGUGUUGAGAAGAUCGGUUCGCUUGUACAGCACCACCACCAACAGCACCAGCUUGCGAGUCUCAGCCAAGGAAGUCGCUCCUGCCGUCGCUCAAUCUCCCAAUCGUGCCACCACCUGGAGUGAAAACCAACGUGCCAAACAUGUCGCCAUGUCCGGUCCUCGCUUCGAACAAAUGAACUUGGAGGCUCAGCCCAACUCCAUGGCCGCCAUUGACUUGAUUGCUGAAGAGCCUGUCCGCAUGUCCACCAAGCGCGUUGUUGCUUGUGAUGGUGGCGGUGGUCCUCUUGGUCAUCCCAAGGUUUAUAUCAAUUUGGAUAAGCCUGGUGCUCACCCUUGUGGCUACUGUGGUGUCCGUUUCCAAUUGGAACAUCAUCAUUAG